CAGCCCUCCUCAGCCCUCCUCGUUUCUUUAUGGGAACAAGCUGCUGCUCUUCAUCAUCACCACCAUCAUCAUCAUCAUCAUCAUCAUCAUCGCCACACGUCAUGGAGGUGAAAGUGAGGAGCAGGAGCGUCUUCGGCAGCGUCAAGGUGUUCGUGGCGUGUCACAGCGUGCUGCAGCUGUCGCAGCUCCUGGUGUCGGGCUACAUGAAGAGCUCCAUCUCCACCAUCGAGCGGCGUUACGGUCUCUCCAGUCAGAAGUCGGGGCUGCUGGCCGCCUUCAACGAGGUGGGCAACACGCUGCUGAUCGUUUUCGUCAGCUUCCUCGGGAGUCGCGUUCACCGCCCUCGCGUUAUCGGCUUUGGCGCUCUGCUCGCGUGUUUGGCCUCGCUGCUGAUGGCGCUGCCUCACUUCCUGAGCGGGCCGUACCGCUACGGCGACAGGCGGUACCGGAACGGCGACCGCGCCGGCUCAGCCACCGGGAACAGCUCCGGCCUGUGCCACGUGCAGAGCGUUCUCCAUGAUGCCAACUCCACCGCACCGUCGUCCAAUCAGAGCUGCGGCGAGCAGGAAAGCUCUGCCCACGAGGGUAUCUACCCUCUGCUGCUACUGGCUCAGCUGCUGUUGGGCGUGGGCUCCGUGCCCGUCCAGCCUUUUGGCAUCUCCUACAUCGACGACCAUGCCAGCAAGAAGAACUCUCCGCUCUACCUCGGCAUCCUAUUGGCCGUCACUGCCAUUGGCCCCGCCUUCGGCUUCCUCAGCGGCGCCUUUCUGCUUCGACUCUACGUCGAUUUUGACAAAAUGUCCGCAGAUGAGGUGGAGUUGGAUCGCGGUGACCUGCGCUGGGUUGGCGCCUGGUGGCUCGGCUUCCUGGUAGCGUCCUGUCUUCUCUUCAUGGCCGCGUUGCCAUACUUUUUCUUCCCCAGGGACAUGCCCCCGGAGGAUGAGUCGCAAGUGGACGACAAGCGAGAGCCAGAUAUUUUCCAGGAAGUCAGCCUUCUUCACUUCCUUAAAAGUUUUCCCAGCAUGUUGUGUCGGACCCUGCGGCGUCCAGUCUACCUCCUGGUGGUCCUGGCGCAGGUCAACCUGGCCGCCAUGGUUUCCGGCCUCGCCACCUUCAUGGCCAAGUUCAUCGAGAAGCAAUUCAGCCAGACGGCAGACUUCUCUGCCGUCAUUAUCGGUGGCCUGUGCAUCCCUCUGGGCGUGCUGGGCACCGUGCUAGGCGGAGUCCUGAUGCGGCGCUGGACUCUUGGUGUCACCGGCGCCAGCAAGUUCUGCGCCGCCGCCAUCUUGCUCAGCCUUCUCUGCGCCUUCCCUCUGGUCCUCAUGGGCUGCCCCACACAGAAGGUCGAUGGGGUCUUCCCACCUCGGCGUACAGCACCAUGGUGCAGCUCGGCAUGUCGAUGUGUCCAGGAAUCGUUUCAUCCGGUGUGCGGUUCUGACGGUGUCGAGUUUACGUCUCCGUGUCGUGCCGGCUGCGUCGUCGUGAAAAUGGACAGCGCCAACAAAGUCAUCAACUUCACAGAAUGUCGGUGCGUGGGCGGGGCCGGUGGCUCGGCCACGCCCAGAACCUGUGGCAUUGGGUGCGGCCGCUUCCUGUUGCCUUUCGUGGUCCUGAUGGCCGCCAGCUGUCUCAUCGCGUCCUUGUGCCAGACACCGUCCUUCGUCAUCAUCCUCAGGAUGGUGUCAGCGCGGGAAAAGUCGUUGGCAGUGGGCGUCCAAUACAUGCUCUUCAGGGUCCUCGCCUUCAUGCCCUGCCCGGUUCUCUACGGCGCCGUCAUCGACUCCACGUGCAUCCUGUGGGACAGGAAGUGCGGCAAGCAGACUUCCUGUCUCUACUACGACUUGGACCGCUUCAGACACAGGUUUUUGGGUGUCCAGGGGCUCUUUAUGUGCGGGGGACUGCUGUGCUUCCUCUUGACGGCGCUGGUGCUGCACAGGAGGAGGGAGGGGCCUGCGGCUCCUGAGGCAGCCAAUCAGAGCGUCUACGAGCUGGUGGACAAGCACGGCACGGGACGGGAAGUGAUCCCACCCCAGGCCUGAGGAGGCUCCAGAGGACACUAUAGAAAGACCUAUGACCAUUUAUUCCAUGUCCUUACUCUCCAGUUUAAGGUCCUUGGACUAGUAGUACUCGUAAGGCACAGUCGUUCUACUAGUGUGCUGAGUUGUAUUACUAAUGAGGACAAAGUGCAUACUAGUACAUGGACCUUUUUAUGGAUAUCAAGUAUAUGAUUUUAUUUUUUGGUCCACUUCCUCUUUGUCAUGCAUGAUCAAGCGCAAUUCCAUUAAUGUCCACAAGGGAAACUCACUCCACUUGUGGACCGGGCAACUUCCUGUUACGCUGCAAAGCUACGCGAUAAUGUAGCCUAGCCUCCACGCCGCCAUCUUGUGUCCGAAGUCUGCACAUAUGUGUUUGUUUGUUGGUUUGUGUGUGUGCGUGUGUACAAGUGUGUUUGUGUGCUUGUCUUUGUGUAUGUCUGUGUGUGUGCGCAUACGUUUGUGUGUCCAUGGGUGUCUGUGGUUGUGUGUGUUUGUGUGUACGUUUUUGUGCAUGGACUGUAUGAGUUUUUGUGCAUCUGUGGGUGUGCGUGGGUGUGCAUGCGUGUGUGUGUGUGAGCGCGUGAUUCGUCACCAAAGUUUAGCCUCUAAGCCCUUUUGUCGAUAUGGAUUUUGUGUGUGUGUUUAGAUAAAUGUUAUUUCCUUUUU